AAAAUUUAAUUUACCAGGAUGUAAACAACAAGGAAGUUUUUUUCAGUAGGGCUUUUAACAAAUUUUACCUCAAUGUCAUCUAAGUUUUUAAAGAGAAAUUGAGAGAUAAAUAUGUCUCGGUUAAGGCAGCCACUACCCGAAUACGGAACUCUUAUUAGAUGGACCGUACAGGAGGUCAUAAAUUGGCUAUCUGAGAAUAAACUAGACUGCAGCAGAUGUUUCCGAGAUGGGGGUGUUGAUGGCAAUAAGUUAGUGAAUAUAACAGAAAUUGAUCUGAACAACAUAAGAUGUCCAAAGAAAUAUAUCAGAGAAAUAUUAAACCAAGUUGAUAGGGUAUCAAGGCCAGGAGUACCAGCAAGAACUGGAGGAGGAGGAUAUGGUAACCGUAGCAACCAGAGACAAGUGCCAUUUAAUGAAGCCCAUCAUCAUCAAGAUGACAGAGAUGCGUCCGAUGACGAUGCAUGGAGUGAUAAUGAAUUUGACAGUGACUAUGAUGAUGACGAUAAUAACAAUGGAGAUUCUUAUAACAAGCCAAUAGAGAACAACCCGGUGGCGCCUCCUAGACCAAAUAGAAGAGAUGUACAACUUCCGGUCAGUUCCAGACCGCACAGACAGCUCCCGGCACGACCUGAACCAGAACCAGAAGAGGAAGAAUUUUACCAGGAACCUGAUGAGGUAAGCGGACCACCUUUGCCGUCUGCUAGGGAUCGCCUGCCACCCCCAGUCCCUGAUAGUAGAGGGCGACCUACACCUCCUAAUGCUAGAGGGAGACCUCAGCCCCCAGAUGUCAGAGGAAGACCGCCUGCUCCUGUGCCUGAUUUAGAUGGCCCAAAUGAGGAUUAUGAGGACCCAGAUGCUAGCAUUAAAGUCGCACAUUUUCAUGGCGGCCCUUUACCUACACCACCAACACCAGUGAAUAAACAAGUGAAUAAACAGGUGCCGAUUGCUCAAAGGAAACCACCAGCGCUACCUACUGACUCAUCUGACAGCGAUACCGACAGCGUGGAGGAGUAUGAAGAUCCGGACAGCACAGUUGUCAUUAAACCUCCGCCCAUACCAACCGGUCCUAGAAGACCCCUGCCUACCCCCGCAGAACCAGAGGAGGAAUACGAGGAACCAGAUGCCAUGGUUGCUAAGAAACCACCAAAUAAAUCCCAAGGUCAGAGAAAGCCUCCGCCACCCCCAGUAUCGUCAGUACCCCCGUCACGGUCGGUGAGAAACCGAGCCCCUGUAGAGGAAGAAGAAUAUGAGAAUCCUGAUGAGACGGUGUCAAGUAUCCAGAAACCACAGCCUCCUCCUUUGUCUAAGAUGCCAAGAAAACCAUCUACUACUUCUAGUGAAUUACCAUCGUAUGAAAUGCCGGAAGAAGAGUCUGCUCCUCCUCCUCCUGUACCGAGAAAUGUACCGAGAAACGCACCGAGAAACGCACCGAGAAACGCACCAAGAAAGAAAGCACAUGAGCCUAUAGUUGUACAAGAGGAAACUUACGAAAUCCCUGAUGAGACUGACUCCGCCCCUCCGAAGCCUGCACCACAGAAAUUUAAUAAACAAGACGAGGAAGAAGAAUUUUACGAGGUACCUGAUACGGAUGAUACAGAGGACCAAGAUGACUAUUUAGAUAUGGAACAAGAGAUUUCUACACCACCAACUAUGCCG